GUUUGACUUCGCUUUCGGAACGCGAUUUACAACAUCUGUCAAAUGAAACUCCGUGUUCGAGUGUGAACAGUGAAUGUGUUUUCUAGAUUUUUGUUCGUAUUCGCAUUUAUAAAGUGAGUUUUGUGUUAACGAUAUAAUAGGUACAUAAUGCCUAUUUGUGGAUCUAUGUGAGUUUUCGUGUGAUGCUAUAAAACUUUGAUAAUAAUGAAAGGAAUCUGUAGUGUUGUUGUGUUUCGUGAAUAGUCUACGACUAUUGGAUCGGUACAUUAGCCUUUGUGGAUUAAAAAUAAGCACAAUUCCGUACCGCCAUGUUCAACUUUAUGAAAAAGUCGAAUGUCUUAACUGGUGAUUCCGGCGGGUAUGAAGAACGCGAUGGAGAAAAGGAGAGGCGGAAAAAAGAGAAGAAGGAAAGGAAGGAGCGGGAGAAACGGGAGCGGAUAGCUGCCGGACUUGAGGAACCGCUGAGACUCGAAGAGGUUCGAAGAUCGCUCAAGUUACGGGGACGACGCAAAGAAAAAGAGAAGCUACCUUCCGGAAUAACAGCUGAUUAUACUGCCUCACUUUUCGCUCAUCUCGAGAAGGAUUCUAAUUAUUCUAACUACCCCCUCAUCACUACUUCGGGGUCUAAUUCCAAUCUUAGCGAUGAAAAUAAUCAUUUAUCGCCUGUAUACCCAACACACAGUUGGAAUAAAAAGGAAGGAGUACUCCAAUCAGAUAGUUCGGAAACGUCUCUUAACUCUUUAAACAAUCCAAAUAAUGUAAAUAGUAGUCCUCGGCAAGCACCAAAUCUACCUCCGAUACCGCCGCGUCCACCAAAACGUGGAAUAUUGAAAGGUACUCGAUUAAGCAAUACUAGUUCUAAUUCUCAAGAAAGCAAUGUCCAAAGUUCUGAUACCAUCGACUACGUCAACGGUCAAGACCCAAAUGUACUAGCGCGAAACACGCAGCAAAAUGAACUUAUAUCUUAUGGCCUCCCUCCUUCAAAGAGUACAUCGUCGAGUGAUGAUAUGCAACAAAUACAAAAUUUUACCAAAAAAGUUAUUCAUAGCCCUGUUGAAAACCAGUACAAAAAUUAUAAAAAUAACGCAAAUUCAUCGAUAAAGACGCACGAUAUCGAUGAGACACCAAAGACAAAUGGAAAUAGUUAUUUAGGAGUUACUUCAACAUCUCCUAGUGCGGACUCCUUAACCGAUACCACAACGAACUCUUCAUUCGCUACUCCUCCAUUUUCAACUUCGCCUGUGGGUGAAUCUCAAGGAUUUCACAGAUGGUCGAGGACGAGCACUUUUGACGAUGUUUAUUUACCUCUACCAUCCCUAGCUCCUUUAUUACUGCCGAAACCAAGAAUGUUAACUAUUCAGCGUCAAAAAGCGCCAAGAAACGAUUUCGGAUUUAGCCUUCGGCGAGCGAUGGUUCAAGAGAGAAUAUUUAUCGGAGACAUGAAAGAUUUGACAGGAUACGAAGAAAAUGGAUUGCCUAAUGGUGAUAACAAAUAUAAUGGAACUAACGUUAUGAUCAGUAAAUUGAAUUAUAAAGCAGUCAUACUGGCCGAACCAGGAUCGUAUCCGGGAGCCAGUGAAACUGGAUUAUUACCUGGCGAUAGACUGAUAGAAGUAAAUGGUGUUAACGUAGAAGGGAAAAGCAGAGAGGAAGUGAUCGAUCUUAUUAAGAGCAGUCAAGAUUUCGUGAACAUUAAGGUGCAACCAAUAGCGGAAUUAUGCGAACUGUCGCGAAGACGCGCCGCUGACGGUGGUGCUGAAGUGGAACUCUCAGAUAGCAAUGUGAGAGGGGGAACCCUGAGUCGUUCUGGUAGCCGACGAUUCACCAGUGCACAGGCAAAAUCCGAGGAGCAGUUGGCAUGCGAAAAAGAAUGGCUUCAAGCUGGUCACAUGUGGCUGGCUCACCGGGGUGGCUUCACCGCCGUCGUGAGGGAAGGCGACGCAGACGCGGGCAGGGCCAAAGUACGAGUGCUACAGACUGGGGAGAUUAUCACCGUCGAUGAAGAUGAUUUAGAGAAGGCUAAUCCACCUCAACUCGAACGCUGCGAGGACAUCGCAUCCCUGCGUUGUCUGAACGAAUGUGGUGCUCUGCAUGUUCUGCGGUCACGUUUCGCUGCAGCCCUGCCUCAUGCUCGAGCCGGACAUGCCUUGCUAGUCCUCGGCCCACCGAGGCGUACCACCCCUGUCUACACAGAAAAGGUGGCGGCCAUGUUCCGAGGAUGCCGCGUGGAUGACAUGCCUCCACACGUGUUCGCUGCUGCACAGUCGGCCCACCGAUGUAUGCUUGCUUCAAGACGAGAUCGUGCUAUAGUGUUCCUUGGGAGAUCUGGCUCCGGUAAGACCUCUGCUAUGAGACACUGCGUGUGGUAUUUAGCGAGUGCAUAUCCGGCGCAGGGAUCGAAACUAACUCCAGAACGUUUGGACGCAGCACUAGACGUUUUGCAUGCUUUCGGCUCUAGUCGAACGGGUUCAAAUCCACACGCUUCUCGAUUUGUGUCCCUGACAUCUCUAGACUUUGACGGAGGCGGUGCUUUAGUUUCAGCAUCUGUGCAGAUCUUGCUACCUGAUUUGAAGCCAGAACAGACUGCCCUUCGAGCUCUUCACACAUUAUUCCACGGAUGUGAUGGCCGUCUUCGGCGAGAGCUACUCCUCGAUCAGGCUCCAGUAAAUUCCCCAAAUCUCUGCGUAAGCUCUAACGAGAAAGCGGACGCACCGGCAGAAUUUUCCACACUGAAAGAAGCUUUACAACUUUUGGCUGUGACAGAACAAGAACAGAUGGCUAUUUGGAAGAUCUUAGCUGCUAUAUGCCAUCUGGGAUGGGCUGGUGUUGUGAGAGCAAACACUGGAUCAGCUCUUAAGUACCAAUUCGCAAACGGCGGAUGCGCAAGCCGCGCGGCACGCUUGCUCGGCGUCGGUGCGGACGAAAUAGCACGUGCUAUCUUCACUCCUCCCACACCGCCAUCGCCUCAACCCAACACUGCGCCGAGAACGCCGUCACCCUCGAAUGAGAAAGAAGCGCCGGGAUCAGAGGCGCUUGAUGCGUUUGUGGCUGGACUCUACAAUGAAACGUUUAACAUCGUCGCUGCUUUAGUCAACAGAAGCCUCUCAACAUCUGCCAGGACUUCAGCUUCCAUACUACUGUUGGACACACCCGGUGCGGACAACCCUAUGUGUGCCGGCCAGCAAAGCGGUGCCCCGCUAUCGAAACUAUUAUCAAAUUACUUACAGGAACGUCUGCAAGGUGUGUUUCACGAAGCUAUGUUGGUAGCCCCAAGGGAGCGUUACGCGCAAGAGGGCAUCACACUGGAUGACGGAGCCGAAGAGGAUUGGCUAUCGGAAACAGUUAAUCCGGGCCCGAUGGUAGAUUUGCUGGACAAAGCGCCACAGAAUACAAUUGUGCGAAGCUCACAAGCGGAUUUGCGGGACUGUGACCGACGUGGACUACUAUGGUUACUAGAUGAGGAGUCCAUGUAUCCUGGAUCUUCAGAUGACACGUUCCUAGAGCGUGUUAUGACCCACUACGGCGCUCCUCACCAAACUCACUACCUCAUCAAGAAGGCACCUCAUAAUAGACAAUUUAUACUGCAGCAUUUACAGGGCACUAACCCUGUAUUGUACGACGUCAGCGGAUGGGUGAAAGCAAGCCGAGAGAACCCUGUCACAAAAAAGACGCAUACGUUACUACAGGAAAGCCAAAAUGAAGACAUUGGUCGCUUGUCGUCGUGGUCCCGAGGCGCUUGCGGCGUGGGCGCUUGGUCGGCCGCUGUGGGCGACGCUUCCACGCUCCGUAGGGCAUCUUCUAUACGCAGAACGCUCACUACUGGCGAUGCCUCUCCAUUCUGCCGAGCCUCAAUUAUUCGGCGAUCUCUUAAUUCUGGAACAGCGGGUAUGAAACGUCGCUCGACGGCCUUGCAAGCGAAGUUUGUUGCCGAUGGCAUAGUGGACACUCUGAGACGCUGCGGCGCCGGGGGCGUGCAAUUCGUAUGCUGUCUCGUCACUAACCAACUGAACGAGUCUCUGGACGAUGUCAAUAUUCCAUUACUGCGGUCUCAGUUCCGUGGUUUCCAAUUACUCGAUGCGGCGAGAUUGUAUAAGCAAGGAUUCCCUGAACAUAUGCCGCUGUCUGAAUUUGCUAGAAGAUAUCGACUCUUAGCGACGUCCGAAAGUGAAGACGCAGAUACAUCCCAAACUACUUCGCUGUCAGAUCGCCAAGUGGUCGACGAUAUGCUGUUGGCGUUAGACUUGGACGUGACCAGCUACCGACUCGGGCUAUCUCAGAUCAUGUUCCGCGGCGGCGUGGUUGGCGAACUCGACGCGCGCCGCGACGCCGCGCUGGCUCGCGUACUGGUACGACUGCAGGCGAGGGCGCGCGGGCUGCUUGCGCGGCGCCGUGCCCAGCGCCUGCGCACACAACACACUGCGGCGAGGUGCGUCCAACGCAACGUACGCGCGUUCUUGGCGGUGCGCGACUGGCCAUGGUGGCGGCUGCUGGUGCGAGUCACCCCUCUUCUGGCGGUACACCGCACGGAGCAUCGACUCAAGCAGGCGCAGGACGAGCUGGAGACAAUGCGCUCGAAGUUGGAUAAAGUUGAAGGCGAACGAACUCAUUACAAGAACGAGACUGAAAAACUCGAAACUAAGCUAUCCGAAGUCGGUGGGGAGCUAGCGGAGGAGCGUGCCGCGGCUGCGCUGGCGACAGAACGUGCUGAUGCCGAGGCGGCAGAGCGACUCCGCGUAGAGAGAGACAACAGAGAGUUCCUAGCUAACAACCAACGGUUGCAACAGGCAUCAGAACGCCUAGAACUCGAGUUAUUACACUGGCGAUCAGCAGAAAACGGCGGUGCAGAGCCGUCAGACUCCGAAGGCUCGGAGGCAGAUGGCGGGAGCAGCAGCGAGAAAUACAAGAGACGGUUCGAAAGAGCACAUAGAGAGUUGCAACUGCUCCGAGCACAAUUGCGGAGACAACACGAAGACGACCUUGAACAACUGGUCACUGUCAAGAAACAACUUGAAAAGAAGGUGCAAGAUGCCUACGAAGAAGUUGAGGAACAACGUGCGGUGGCGGCCCAGUGGAAACGAAAACUGCAGAAACUCACCAACGACAUGGCCGACUUGCGCUCCCUGCUUGACGAACAGACUUGCCGCAACAAUCUCCUGGAAAAACGCCAGCGCAAGUUCGACGCGGAGCUUCACAGCGCGCAAGAUGAGCUGAAGAGAGAGCGCACAGCCAAAGACCGAUUGUCGCGCGAACGAGACCAAGCGCAUGCCGAGAAAUAUGCUUUGGAGCAGAGUCUCUCUGAAGCUCGGAUGGAACUCGAGCUGAAAGAAGAGCGUCUAGCAGCCGCGGCGCGUGAACUUGAGGAGAAGGGCGGCGGGGGAGAUGAAGUAGCGACACUGCGCCGCGCAAAGGCCGACCUUGAGCGGCGUGUUCGUGACCAGGAAGAGGAGUUGGACGAGCUUGCGGGACAGAUACAGCUUCUAGAAAGUUCUAAACUUCGGCUGGAGAUGUUAUUGGAACAACAACGCAAAGAGGCGAGGCUGGAAGCUGUCGCUCGUGACGAAGAAAUGGAGGAGACUCGCGCCAACGCCUCGAAGAAACUUAAAAUGUUAGAAAGUCAACUAGAAAGCGAGCACGCGGAACGCAGUCUGCUCCUACGUGAGCGACAUGAACUAGAGCGACGCCUGACUUCACUCGAAGAGACUGCCCGUGCUGAGAGCCAGGAACAAGCUCAACUUGUACAGAGGCUAAAGAGAGAUCUCAAGAGAUAUCGAGCUCUACUGAGAGACGCCCAGACGAUGCUGGAGCAAAAAGAGAAAGAGGGCGGCGGUAAAGCUCAGAUUAGACAGUUGAAGAACCAGCUGGAAGAUCUUGAACUGGCUCUGCGCGCGGCCAACAAGGCACGUUCUACCGCCGAGGCAGAAGCAUCCGAGGCCACGGCUGCGGCGGAAGAAGCCAGCCGCGCCAAGUGCGAGGCGGCAGACCGCGCGCACGCCGCGUGCCGGGACGCGGCCGCUGCGCGUGCGCAACUCGACGACGCAGAGGAAGAAGCCGCAGAGCUACUAAAGAAAUACCGCGCUAGCACGAGCGCAUUGUGCGCGACGCAGAGUGAGGCGCGCGAGGCGGAGUGCAGGGCCGAGGCGGCGGCGGAAGAGGCGAGACAGGCCAAAGAACGCCUCGCGGAACUAAGCGCUCGCCUCGCGCACGCCGAGGCCGGGCAUUCGCACGAGCAUCACGAGACUGAGCGGCGAUUGGAGUUACGCAAUAAGGAAUUAGAAUCUAGCUUAGAACUGGAAGCGACGUCACGUGCGAGAUUGGAAGGUCAGCUGGCGAGACUCCGAGACGCUCACGAGCAACUGGCUAGCGAGCUUGCCUCCGCCAGGGCAAAGGACCACCAAGCUGCCGAGGAAGUGCGCAAGCUGACCAGACAACUCAGGGAGCUGAAAGAAGAGAAUUCAUCUAUUAACGCGAAACUCAGUGAAGUUACUCGCGCUAAGAGCGCCGCGGAAUCCGCUGCGGCAGCCGCAGCCGCAGAGGCGGCUUCGGCUAGAGACGAGGCGCGGUUAGCCGCACGGCGCGCAACCGCAUUGCAAGAGGCUAUAGCCGGCGACCUGUCUAGUCCAGGAGAUUCUAGAGAUACGGACAGUGAAAACGAUAGUUACAGCUCAGACGAAUCUAUAGGAACAUUUUUAGCCAAUCACAAGCUUAGCCCAUCUGCACCAUCGCGGAACAGCAUGCAACUGGACUCACAGAAGUCGCACAGCCCAGAAGGCCGACAGAGUCGCUCGAGCGUCGGUUCCGUGUCGAAGCCCCUCACUCCGACUAAGGAUUCGUUCGCAUAACAGCCGGCCUCCGCGGGCGGAUUGCUCGCCGGGGCCCUACCACUGCUGUGCACUGCGCUCUGCACGAGACAGAGGACGCCCUCCACGCACCUCGUCAUCGAGUGAAUCACUGCGUCAUCGAAUACGCCAAUGAGCAUCUAUUGCGCCAAUGCGUCGUAAUGUGCGGUUAUGCGUCAUCGAGUGCGCCAAUGCGUCUUGAUGUGCUCCAAUCAACAAGUCCAACACUGCGCUCUGCACGAGACAGAGGACGCCAACCACGCACCUCGUCAUCGAGUGAAUCACUGCGUUAUCGAAUACGCCAAUGAGCAUCUAUUGCGCCAAUGUGUCGUCAUGUGCGCUUAUGCGUCAUCGAGUGCGCCAAUGAGCAUCGAGCGCGCCAAUGCGUCUUGAUGUGCACCAAUCAUCGAGUGCAAUAAAGUGCGCGAAUAUAUUAUUGUUUGCGCUUAUUUAAUAUCAAGUGCAAUAUUUGCUCGGGUGCUUCAAUGCAUCAACGAAUGCUCUGAUGUGACACGGGAUGUCAAUAAAAUGCAUUGUGUCAUAGAGUGCACUGUACUAACGCGACAUUGAGCUUAUAUCUGAAUGCUUGUUAUUAAAUUGUCAUCAUGUAACUCAUAAUGUUUGACGUUGAAUGCUUGCUUUACGAUAAUUUAAACUUUAACUAAACUUAUAUUUACCGAUGACGAGUGAAGUGGGAACGAAAGUGCUAGAUGGACAAAUUAUUUAAUGUGAAUUUAAAUGAAUUAAUUAGAAACUGACUUAAUAAUAUGACGAUUAAGCUGAAAACAUUUAGUCAAAUAUUCUGUUUAAAAAUAUUGAUAGGCAUCAUUGAUAGAUCAGUGUUGAAACAAAGUAUUACGGGCUGUCGAGUUUAUGAAUUUCAAAUCAAGACUGAAUCCGCUCAAGUGCCAACAAGUCAAUGAAGUCUAUCAAUACAAUUCUAACAUCGACUUUUUUGCCUCAGCUUAAAAUUAUAUCUCCACAGUAUGAUAGUAUGGUAGAAGUUAUGUCUAAAGUAGAUGAAUGCUUUAAUAGUACUGAGUAAUAAAUAAUUAUAGACUAAACGAGAGGGAUUUGUACACACUCUUAAAAAUGUUAACUCUCUUGGAACCGCAAUAUUAUUGGAAUACAAACAUAACAAUGUAUUAUUGCAUUUUGCUAUAAAAUUAAAAUAAAUCCUUUUAGAACUUAUGAGUAAAUAAAAAAAUAUUGGCUAUAAAUUUUCUGCUCAAUAUUUCGACAUAUUGUAUACAAAAUGAAUUUUUGCGAUGCUGUUUUUACAUUAUAAGAAAUAUAUUGAAAAUGUAACUUUGACUUAUGAUAUUGUGAUUUACAUAGACUUUUAUAUGUUUGCUAACAACAGAGACCCGAGCGGCGCUCGUGGUUUGCCAAGUCACGCCAAGUUUUAUUUGAAAAAUGUAUGCAUUCCAGAAAAUAUUAUCUUCACAACGUUCUUGGCUUAGCAUGUUUUUCUUGUGUUCAUUAAAGCUAGGUUUAGGUGAACGCGCGACGCCGCACGAUACACAGACUGCCCUCUAUCUUAAAUGUAUAUUCAAAAUGACUAUACAACUGAUUACAACCUUUUGUUAUCCACGUUCUAGAAGCCCACUACAAACCAACAUGGUAAUUUUUGUCACCGUUUCUCAUAUACACUUAAAACAAUUCAUUCCCAAGAUAAUACCGUCAAUAUUAUUUUCUUAGCUGUAUUGAUUUUUAAAGAUUCAUUUGUUUAUUUACAAUGAGAAUAUCUUAAGAAGUAUAAAAGCGUAUCGCUAACGCGCUUUGGGGGAUAAAACCUGGCGUUUCUCAGGAAGGAAAAAUUAACUAUAGGCGUGAGAUUUUGUAUCGGACGGCGUCAUGCAUACAUAUAUACCUAGCCUUAACACUGGCAUAUUUAUACAUGGCUUGACAUAAUUAAUUAAUUAUUUAUAUUAUUAGAUUUUGUAGAGAGUUAAUUUCGAGAGUUAGGAGUAAUCGCGCUGCGUUUCGACCAGCCAGUCAGUAUUUAGAUAAAAUAAGGAAGGGACACACAGUAUGUUAGGUUGAUUGUUAUUUAGUUAGUUAACUUGUAAAUAACUAGAUUGCAUAUACAUUUUUAUUAUUUAAUUUGUAAUAUUUGUGUGAUCAGACUGUUAUUCUAUGAUUUAUUUGUUACAAAUGAGUUGUUGCUUUAUAGUAGACGAACAAACAUAUCCGUUGAUAGAUUUUUAUCACUCCCCACAUUGACAUUUGACAGUUUUAAUUGUAAUUUUAAUGUCUUAGCUAAUCUAUAAUCGUAAAUUAUAAUAACUUAAUAUUCUGAGUAUAUAUAUCGUAGUCACUUCUAAAUUUUAACCUAUGUAUAUCCUUUUAGAUUUGUGUCUGUAACCGCAAUUAUAAAAUUGUCUAUAUUAUAUGUUUAAUGUAUGAUAUGUGAUGAAAUGUUACUGCAUUCGAUAUCGGUUGUAAAAUGAAUUAAAUAUUUAAUAAAGUAACUUAAACUUA